AUGCAGCUGGAGAGCGGGCAAGACCCCCACCUCCGAGAGGUUGUGUGGUUUGCGGUGUGCUGCAGAGCCCUGACACUUCUGCUGCAGGCUCUGUUUAACCUCCUGAUCCCAGAUCACGCUGCAGACGCCUUCUCUCCCCCUCGCCUGUCCGAGCCUGGCCUGUGGGACCUGCUCUUGGAGCGGCUGCUGGGAGGCCUCUCGCACUGGGAUGCAGAGCACUUCCUCUUCAUCGCCGAGCGUGGUUACCUGUACGAGCACAACUGCGCCUUCCUCCCGCUGUACCCCCUGAGCGUGCGUGCCGUGGCCGAGGGUGCUCUGUGGCCCUUGCAGCGGCUGCUGCGUUUGCGGAGCCGCCUCCUGCUAUCGGCCGUACUUCUUAAUUCUCUCUUUUCUGCCCUGGCAGCCGCUGCCCUGUAUAAGCUGGGCUGCGUUGUGCUGCAGUGUCGCAGGGUGGCUUUCCUUGCUGCCGUUCUCUUUUCUGUCAGCCCUGCCAACGUAUUUAUGGCAGCUGCUUACUCAGAGAGCAUGUUUGCCUUCCUGGCGUUCAGUGCCAUGUGGCAACUGGAGAAGGGGCAGGGCUGGCUCAGUGGACUGCUCUUCUCCCUUGCUUCUGGGGUGCGCGCCAACGGGCUUAUUAAUGCUGGCUUCUUUCUCUACUCCCGCAGUAAAUGCUUUGCCCUCCAGCUCCAGGUGGGUUCAGGAUCGGUAAGGAAGCUCCCUCCAUUGUGGAAGCAACUCCUUAGCGUGGCAUCUUCAGUGGUUCUGAUGUGUGCCGGGAUUUUUCUACCUUUUGUUUUAUUUCAGUAUUAUGCCUAUGUGAGGUUCUGCGGCCCUGGCACCGACCUGGAGCAGGCUGUUCCCAAGCCACUGCUGCAGCUGGCUCUGGACAAGGGCUAUCGUCUGGCAGCCAUGAACGGGGCUAGCCCCGCUUGGUGCUCCCAGCGAUUCCCUGUGGUCUAUUCUUAUAUUCAAGAUGCUUACUGGAAUGUGGGCUUCCUAAGGUAUUUUGAGCUCAGGCAGAUACCAAAUUUUGUGCUUGCUUUGCCUGUCACACUUCUGGGCUCGUGGGCUGCCUGGACCUACAUCAUUGCAAACCCCCGGCACUGCCUAACUCUUGGUCUAGAGAGAGGAAAGAGCGAAGAAGAGGAUAAACCAAGAGCUGGAUUUUGCUGCCCCUCUGUCUUCGUGUAUGUGGUCCAUGCCACAGUCCUGCUGGUGUUUGGAUUUUUCUGCAUGCACGUGCAGGUGCUGACCCGGUUCCUUGGCUCCUCCUCUCCCGUCCUGUACUGGUUCUCUGCUCACCUGCUUCAAGAAUCUGAACCUUUGCUCUGGAGCGAAGGGACUGAUAACCAAACCGUGGCACCUCACUCCGAGGAGUCUCUUUUCGGUAAAUCUCCUGGUUCCUGUGGGAAAGGGACUUCUGGGAACCCCGUCGUGAGGCUGCUGCUCAACUGUAGAUUCAUUACCCCCCUCAGCAGAUGCAUUCUUGGAUUUUUCCUGUCCUACUGGCUGUUGGGACUGAUUCUGCACUGUAACUUCUUGCCAUGGACAUAG